UAAAAAAUAAAUAAAAAAUAACGCGGUUUUGGCUCCGAUCUGAGCUGUCUCUCUAGUGUCGUCUCUCCCACUUCGCUUCACUGCACACCACUCUGACUCAACUCAACUCGCUCUCUCUAAAACCCUCAAAACAAAAAAAAAAAAAUCUUAAUUUCUUCUAAACCCUUAACAAACACGCCUCAGAUCUGCACUUUGGGCAGCCCAUUUUUCAAAGUUUCAAGCUUUUUAUUAAUAUGACUCGCUAAUUUAAACAAUCAUCUUCAAUGUCAAGCUCCCAUCACCAAAAUCGACCGAAACCCGGGCCCUGGCCACCUGCACCUGAUUCUGCUGCUGUUCCUCCUUCUUCUUGGGCUAAACGCACGGGUUUCCGCCCCAAGUUCUCUGGGGAGACUAAUGCCAGUGAUUCCGGGCAAAUCACCUUGACAUCCAAGCCCAAAGAGCCCGAAACAAAACCGGAUAUCGAAUCUGGUCGUAGUCAGAUCACUCCGGGACCGCCGCUGGUGACUGCGUCGGCUCAGCCGGUAGUUAAUGGAGACAGUGAGAAGGUGCAAGCGACGCCUUCGAAUAAGGACCAGCCGGUUAAGAGGAGGAGGGAGUCGGACAAGGGUUUGAACGUGAAUGGCGAUGGGAACGGGGUGGCUGCGGCUGCGGUGGUGCAGUCGGAGACGAAUCAGCAGCGGCCAAGGAGAGAAACGAGGAAUGAUGACGUGGUGGUGGUUGAUGGUAUGGAUGAUGACGGAUUUGGACCUAGACAGCAAACGCAUAUAAAGUAUGAGCUUAGAGACACUCCUGGCCUUGUGCCUAUUGGUCUAUAUGGGAUUCAACAUUAUCUUUCAAUCUUGGGUUCAUUGAUUCUUAUUCCGCUUGUAAUGGUUCCUGCAAUGGGUGGCACACAGGAGGAUACUUCAAUGGUUGUAUCAACGGUGCUCUUUGUAUCGGGAGUGACCACGCUUUUGCAUACCUCCUUUGGUUCAAGGUUGCCUCUGAUACAAGGUCCAUCAUUUGUUUUCCUUGCACCAGCAUUAGCAAUAAUUAACUCGCCGGAGUUUCAAGGACUGAAUGGCAAUAACUUCAAGCAUAUUAUGAAGGAGUUGCAGGGAGCUAUUAUCAUAGGCUCGGCUUUUCAAGCCAUAUUUGGUUAUAGCGGAAUGAUGUCCUUGUUUUUAAGGUUGAUCAAUCCAGUGGUUGUUGCCCCAACCAUUGCUGCUGUAGGUCUUUCCUUUUACAGUUAUGGUUUCCCACUUGUUGGUACCUGCAUUGAAAUUGGUGUUGUGCAAAUAUUGCUGGUGAUUCUUUUUUCUCUGUACCUCCGUAAGAUAUCUGUUCUUGGUCAUCGGAUAUUUCUAAUUUAUGUGGUUCCCUUGGGUCUGGCAAUCACUUGGGCAGCUGCUUUUCUUUUGACUGAAGCAGGAGUUUAUAACUACAAAGGCUGUGAUGUAAAUGUUCCUGUGUCAAAUAUAAUAUCUGAUCAUUGCAGAAAGCACGUUUCCCGGAUGCAGCAUUGUCGAGUUGAUACUCAUCAUGCAUUGAAAUCUUCCCCAUGGUUUAGGUUUCCUUAUCCAUUGCAGUGGGGAACUCCUGUGUUCAACUGGAAAAUGGCACUUGUUAUGUGUGUGGUUUCCAUAAUUGCUUCAGUUGAUUCAGUUGGUUCAUAUCAUGCAUCAUCCUUACUAGUGGCAUCCAGACCUCCAACCCCAGGUGUUCUUAGUCGAGGGAUUGGCCUUGAAGGCCUUUCUAGUGUCUUGGCAGGUCUCUGGGGUACAGGAACUGGGUCCACAACUCUAACUGAAAAUGUGCACACCAUUGCUGUGACUAAAAUGGGAAGCCGCAGAGCAGUUGAGUUUGGUGCCUGUGUUCUGGUAGUCUUAUCUCUUGUAGGUAAAGUUGGAGGUUUUAUUGCUUCAAUUCCCGAAGUCAUGGUUGCUGCUCUCCUUUGUUUCAUGUGGGGGAUGCUUGCUGCACUAGGAUUGUCUAAUCUACGUUAUAGCGAAGCUGGAAGCUCCCGCAAUAUUAUCAUAGUUGGGUUAUCUUUAUUUUUCUCGCUAUCAAUACCAUCCUACUUCCAGCAAUAUGGCAUAUCUCCGAAUACCAACUUAUCUGUCCCAAGUUACUUUCAGCCAUAUAUCGUUGCUUCUCAUGGACCAAUCCGCACCAAAUAUGGAGGGGUAAACUAUGUUAUGAACACAUUGUUGUCGUUGAACAUGGUGAUUGCUUUCCUUUUUGCUGUUAUCCUGGACAACACUGUGCCUGGCAGUCGGCAAGAAAGGGGGGUGUACGAGUGGUCUGAAGCUGAGGCUGCAAGGAGGGAGCCAGCCGUCACCAAGGACUAUGAGUUGCCCUACAGAAUUGGUAGGGCUUUCCGAUGGGUAAAAUGGGUUGGGCUUUGACAGGAUUUUUUUUUUUUUUUCCUUUUAGCCGGUGUUGUGAUCAUCUUCACAUCGUGAAGCUCAGAAAUAGCGGUUCAUGGGGGAUUAUCUCGUGACAUGAUAUCAAAUGUAAGUCCCUUAGGCUUGCAUGGUAAAUAGGUCUGGAAAAUUGUGUUCUUUUUUCCUCAUACAAUUGGAGUUUCGUGGACUAUAGGUCUUAUAGAGAUGAGUUAUUUGUGUACAUUUGAGGAUCCAGAGGGAUCUUGUGUUGUUGUAAUUAAAAAAUUCUAAACAUGAAUGUAAUUUUGAGUCCUAGAAAUUGCCUAGACUGGCAUUUCACUUGUGUCCAAGAAAGAACAUUGAGAAAUUACCUUUCAACAUGUAUAUUUUAUCCCAUAAUUUUUUCAA